GGAGUUCACCGCAGAAGGCAGAAAUUCCGAGACCUUUUAUUCAAACAAGACUCUUCUUCACUCCUUCCACGUCACUUCUCUCUCUCUGUCCUCAGACACUCCCGUGCAGGCUUUAUUUAUCGAAAUUGUCUCCGUUGUUUCUGAUACGCAGCGAUUGACCGACACACGAUGCAACGACCGGCGUACUCCAACCCGCCGCCGGCGCACUCACCCCCCCUUCACCACCCCGUCCCACAGCACGUUUCCACAGUCCCGCAACUACGCUCUCCACCUCCCCCCGUCCCACCUUCACAGCCCCAGAGCGGAUAUGGCUAUGCGCAACAACAGCAGGCUGCCCCAGGCGCUGGUGGGCCCGGAGGGGGCUACAUGCACCCAGGAUUCGGAGGCUUCAUGAACGAUCCCACUGCGCAGAUGGGCUUCCAGGUUGGCAAGAGCGCGGUGAUGGCAGGCCAGGAGUAUAUGGAGCAGAAUUUCGGCCGCUUUGUCAGCGUCUCUGCUCUAAAACACUACUUCAACGUAUCCAACUCAUACGUCGUGAACAAGCUCUACAUUGUGCUGUUCCCGUGGUGGCAUCGACCGUGGUCGCGGCAACAGCGCUUGUCCAACAACGGGCAGGAUGGAUACUAUCUGCCUCCCCGAGAAGACAUCAAUUCGCCGGACAUGUACAUCCCCAUGAUGGCCCUAGUAACCUACAUACUGCUCUCGACCCUCCUCGCUGGCCUCCGCGGCGCCUUCCACCCGGAACUCCUCGGCUCCACCACCGUCGCCGCAACCCUUGUAAUCCUGCUCGAAAUCCUGAUCAUCAAACUCGGCACCUUUAUUUUGAACAUCUCUUCCUCGUCCCAAAUCCUCGACCUCAUCGCCUACAGCGGCUACAAAUUCGCCGGCGUUAUCAUCUCCCUGCUCUUGUCCGAGCUCCUGGGCCACAUGGGCGUUGGUGGCACCUGGGUCUCCUGGGUCGUGUUCCUAUACUGCUUUGGCGCGAACGCCUUCUUUUUGUUGAGGAGUCUGAGGUAUGUGUUGUUGCCGGAUCAGGGGGGCCAAGGGGUGGGAGGUGGUGCAGCAGGGUAUACGGUUGCGAGGAGUCAGCGGAAUAGGAGGACGCAGUUUUUGUUUGUGUAUAGUUAUGUGGUGCAGUUUGGGUUUAUGCUUUGGUUGAGUAAGGUGUAGGAGGGAUUUAAUGUGGAGGUCUUGGGUCACGGUCGUGAAGAUGCUUGCAUUUGAUUCAUAGGGGCCGGCGAGUCUAGGGUCGAGUCCCAAGGCAAGCCCGGGGAGAGAUGUCUGUCUUUCAAGCAUGGGAAAGCAUGGGUUCAGGAUCAAAGAUGGGCUCGGGCAUUGGUAUGUUAUGACAUGGCAAAUUAGGACAGUACAAGGAAGCUUAAUACGUACUCCGUGAUAGCUGAGGCGUUGUGCCUCAACUACGAAUCCG